UUAGACAUCACCGGAGGUGUCAUUUAGAUUAGUGUGGCAAAUUAGCUAAGCAACACAUUUUAUCUAAUUCACAAUACACAUUUUAUGAAAAUGUUUGAUAUUUCAAGUUGACAAGCUAUAGAGUCACCAGUGGAAUAUUUUGCGGCCCUCACAGCGUUCGUGACAUGUAUUAUUUUGUCUCUAUAAACCUGUUGCGUCCAUAUAAUGUACAUCUUUAGCAGCUAGCUAACAAGUUAGCUAACUAUCAACAGUCUGCCUGCUAAUCCAACUCAGUUGUCACAACUUCCUCUGCAUCGAGAGUUCUCCAACACCAGAAUGGAAAAGGACUACACAACCUUGUCAGGGCGUGGCCAAGGCUAGAAAAUGAAUGGCUCCUUUCUGAAACCAACACUGGAUCAGAAACAUACAGGAUGUUGAACUCAGGGUUCAUCCCCACAUUCUGCAAGCCGUGACGAUAAGGGCUUCUACACUCAUCUGUGGGAGUUAUAGCAUGGGCAUCCUGAGGGUUCUAGUCAACACUAUGGGCAGGGUCAGCACCUUCAGGUUCUAUCAGUUUGUCCUGCUCCUCGCAGCAGCUCUGGCUGUCGUAGCCUUCUACUACUUUGGCUCGGAGAGGCAUGAUUUCUCAAGCACCACCAAGCGCAUCAAGCAGACCCAGGCCAGCCAAAACGCCAACCGGAACGACGCAGACCUUUCUCUGGACACCAGGCUGCUGCACACUGAGGGAGGAGAGGAGGAGAAGGAGGGAGAUGUGGAGGAGGGCGAAGGCAGGGCUAGGAGGGCGGUCAGUGGGGCAGACAGUGGACCCGAGGUCAGCCAGUACUACCAUGCCCUCAUGAUGUUCACCAAGGUUGACAAGAGCCGGAGCCUUCAGGAGAAGUUCCGGGUAGCCAUGUUAUCCAUGGCGAAAUACGGUCUCUUCCUGGACGAAGAGGUGCUGGUCCUUCAUUUUGUGAGCGACGAGGCCAGCCGAGAGCUGGGCGAGAGGAUGCUCCCGGAGCUGCUCCUCGACGCAACGUUUCAGCAUGAGGUGGUGUUCCAUGACGUGGGGGUCCUGACCCAGAAGCUCUUCCCCAUUGUGGAGGCCAUGCAGAAGCACUUCAGCGCCGGCUCCGGGGCCUACUACAGCGACGCCAUCUUCUUCCUGUCCGUGGCCAUGCACCACAUCAUGCCCACAGAUCUGCAGUGCAUUGUACAGCUGGACCUGGAUCUGAAGUACAGGAGCAACAUCAGGGAGCUGUUUCUGGAGUUUGAUCGCUUCCCUCCUGGAGCUGUGAUCGGCAUUGCCCGAGAGAUGCAGCCGGUAUACAGACACACCUUCUGGCAGUACCGUAAAGAGAACCCUCAGUCCCGUGUGGGUGAGCCUCCUCCGGACGGCUUGCCGGGCUUCAACAGUGGCGUGAUGCUGCUGGACCUGGGGGCCAUGCGGACCUCGGCCCUCUACAACCAACUCCUGGAGCCCAGAAACGUGACCCUGCUGGCCGACCAGUACCACUUCAGGGGCCACCUGGGCGACCAGGACUUCUUCACCAUGAUCGGCAUGGAACACCCAGGGCUGUUCCAUGAGCUGGCCUGCGGCUGGAACCGCCAACUGUGCACCUGGUGGAGGGAGCACGGAUAUGGGGACGUGUUCCAGCUCUAUUACCACUGUGACGGGCCGGUGUAUAUUUUCCAUGGAAACUGUAAUACGCCCAUUCCCGAUGACUGAGUUGGGACCUUGUUCUGGAGAGAAAUAAGUUAUUUGCUACACAACUUUCUGGGUCACAACAAAACUCCAAAAAGGCCUUAGUUUGGCAACAAACAUUUUGGAACCAGAACCACUUCGGUACUGUACCGCUGCUACUGUAAAAGCACUCCUGCCCCCUGCUGUAGCUAAUAAUGAAUGUGGUGCAUUAAUACUUAAGUGUCAGUCUAAGUAACAUAAUAAAACAAUCCCCAUCAAAAUCCGUCAGUUUAAGCUAGAGAUAUGUUUUUUGCAUGUGCUG